AUGGAGCUGCCACAGUACAAGCAAGACUUCCUGCGGGCCGCGCUCGACGGCGGAGCCCUACGCUUCGGUUCCUUCGAGCUCAAGUCGAAGCGGACGUCACCGUACUUCUUCAACGCGGGUGACUUCUACACGGGCGCACUGCACGGGGCCAUCACCGACGCCUACGCCCACACCAUCGUCGCCAAAGGCCCGGAAUUCGACGUCAUCUUCGGCCCGGCCUACAAGGGCAUCCCGCUGGCCGCGUCCGUCGUGUACGCCCUGUGGAAGAUGGACCGCGGGAGGUUCCAGUCUGCCGCCUACAGCUACGACCGCAAGGAGGCCAAGACCCACGGCGAGGGCGGCAACAUCGUCGGCUCGCCCCUGGCUGGCAAGCGCGUGCUGAUCAUCGACGACGUCGUGUCUGCUGGCACCGCCAAGCGCCUGGCCAUCGACACGAUCCGCGCCGCGGGCGGUACUGUCGCCGGUAUCGUGGUGGCCCUGGACCGCCAGGAGACGCUGCCGGAGGGGGUUGACAAGACGAGCGCCAUCGGCCAGCUGCGCAAGGAAUACCAGAUCCCUAUCAUCGCCAUCGUGAAGCUGGACGACAUCAUUGCUGGCAUGAAGGGCGUCAUUUCCGACAAUGAUAUCAGCCAGAUCGAGGGAUACCGGGCAAAGUUUGGCGCGACUGACUGA